AAUUAACAAUUCAUUCUGUAAUAUUGAAAAUAUUAAUUAGUAUGGCAUCUACUAUUGAUAAUGACUCCAUUGUUGAUGGCCCUACUGUUGUCCCUGUGAGCGUACAACUGUCCUCUACACCUACUGGUCAUAUCGAGGAUGCCUCUAGUCAACAGAGAGAGACGAAUUUGCCAGAAAUCAAUGGAAUUCAAGGAUAUACUAAUCGCGUUAAUCGCCCAAAGGUUGUCUGUAGCCCGAAAAUCCACUACAGUGAUUUCAUCGUACAUGUGGUGACCUGGAACAUUGCAAGUACUGUACCAUCCUCUGCCGACAUUGAGAGCAUGUUCCUGCCCCAGGAGAACAUGAUGAUACAUGACCUCUACAAUGAUACGGACAUUAUAGUGGUGGGUCUUCAGGAGGCGUAUCAGAGUGUACAAGACGCCAUGUCCUCCAACAUACCGCUAGUCGGACGAGACCCUCUGGUUGACACAUUCAGUGACUUCCUCUCCCAGAAAGGCUUCGCUCGAUUGACCUCCGUUAGACUGCUCGGAAUACUCAACAUGGUGUUUAUCAAACGCCCUCUUCUCUGCUACAUUCGAAACUUGGAGACGUCCACAUUCAAGACCGGCUUCAGUGGUAUCCUAGGCAACAAGGGGGCGUCAAGUAUUCGAUUCACCCUGGGGGAUCUAAAUGUGUGUCUCACUAAUUGCCACCUAAUCCCCCACCCCGAGAACAACGCCCGGAGAGCGGGGGAGCUGAGGGAUAUAUUAGAGAAGCAAGUGUUUCCGUAUGUACAACCAUCAGAGCUACUGGAACACGAUGUUGUCAUCUUGUUUGGUGAUCUCAAUUUCCGACUUGAAGGACAAGAGUUUCACGAAGUGGUGUCAACGCUCACUCACAAUGGCUACAGUGGGUUGAUAGAGAGAGACCAACUCAUUAGGGAGCAGAAGAAAGGAAAUCAAAGCCCCUGCCAAUUAUACACAUUCAUGGAGAUGCCACUCGACUUCCAACCCUCGUACAAGUAUGCACCUGGAACAGAUCGCUAUGACGAUGGAGGGAAAGGUCGCGCUCCAGCAUGGACUGAUCGUGUUCUAUGGCGAAUACACGAUCGAAGAUUGCCUCAGAUAACAGACUCAGAACCGAGGGCAAUCAUUCAGCCGCAGUACUAUGGUAUGAACAUUCAACCCCGCAUCAGUGACCACAAGGCAGUCAGCGCUGGACUGGUCUUAUCUGUGGACAUCUCUGGAUUUAUUCCGUUGGUAAUAUUCCGGCUCAACGAGUGGGUGAUUGGAUCUGAGGCUGUCAUAUCAUUUGAUGUCAUUGCACACACAGAGGUAUCGAUGUUUGACUGGAUUGGACUGUUUCCGUCUGAUUUCUCGAGUAUUGAGCGUGACUAUGUGUACUAUGUGUACUCCCCAGCGCGUGGUGGAGAGCCUCAGGAUAAGAUGUAUCGCAAGGUAGUACCAACUGGACAAGUGCCUAGUAACCCUGGACGAUAUGUAUUGGUGUACAAGAGUCAUCAGUAUAACUGUGUGCUGGGCAUGAGCCCUGUGUUUAGGAUAGUGUAGAGUUAGACAUUCUGCAAAGCAGGUAUCUUUUUUAUUUAUCACUUUUAACAGUUCUUCAUACAUUUUAAGUUUUUUGAUGUCAAUUCUUGAGUCGUUGCGUGAUUUAAUAAUGACUGUG